AUGCCGCCAAAUAAACGUCAACAUUAUACAAGAUUUCCAGUCUGUAAAUAUACGACUGAACUGAAAAAGAAACAAGAAGAGCUCAUACAAAAACUAGUGGCUGAAAACAAAAAGCUUAAAGGGAAGCAAGCAAAAUUGAAACGUCUUCAAAGUAAAGUGAGUCAACAAACUAUUAAAUUGUUGCUUUCCAGGACUUGAAGUCUCAUGUGUAGGUAUUGUUUUCAAAGACUAAUAGUAUUGCUUUUGUGUUGCAUAGGUGAGAACUGCAGAUGAAGAUAUUAAAGAGAGAAUAAAAAAGGUAUUUAUUUGCAUUGGAUUAAAUGUGUUACAGACAUGAUCACGGCAUUAUAAAUCCCACUCAGUAUUUAUAUGAUCCGGCUCCUAUCCCCAAAUGCUGAGAUCCCCACUAGAUGGGAUGAGAAAUUCCCAUAUAAACCCUUCAAUCUGCCUAGCUGGGACGAGAAAUCAGAAAUAUAAGGCUAGGCGGGACCUUUCAACCUUUGCCUUCUUAGCAUGCUUGAUAUGAUGUGAAGCAUUUAACUUACUUCAUCUCGGCAAUGUCUUUAGUCGUGUUUACACUAACAGUCUUGGCCUAGCCUUGGCCUGGCUUUGGCCUACAUUUUGACAGUGUAAACAGAUUUUGACCUAGCCUUGCCCUGACCUAGGCCAGGAAAUCUGGGCCUACUACAACCGGUGGCCUAGGCUUGUGGAAAUGUAAAUACUUUCGGCCCUGGCCUGGGCCUUAUUUUCAUGGCAAUGUGUGUGCACAGUGUGGGUGUAACCAACACUUUAUGUAAUAUUGAGGGUACAAUAUUAACCAGCCUUCCUCUAACCAUCCUACUACACUGUAUUUGUUAAUUAGACAGCAAUCUUUUGGAGAAUCCCCCUUUGCCCACUCUCCAAUAAUGGCUGACUGCUGCAAUUGUUACUGAAUUUAGAUAAACAAGUGGCUACAGUAUAUAAUUAUUCAAAGUAUUUUCCCCCAGGCUAGGGGCUGUACAAUAUUUGUUUUCAAAAAUGUCCGUUAUAUUACAGAUUUUAGAAAAAGAACUCAGAAAAAGGAUUCUUCACUUUGUCUUUCACUGAAAAACGAUUACAGUCUUCUACCGCUCUCAACGAGAAAAGAAAUAUAAAUGGUCCUGAGAAAACGGCCAGAAGAAAGAUACAAGAAACCAGUGAAGUAGCAAUGAAAAUCCAUGGAGGAACUCCAAGUAAUAUGCAACCUGCUUACUUUGGUCUUUUUGCAACCCUAUCUAAUGGGGCUUCAGCUAGCACACUAACUGAUAUGUUUUACAAAUCACCUACUGUAAUGACAAAAGUUAUUCCUAAUGUUGUAAAUGAAAAGGUUAAGGCUUUUGAAAAUUCUAAAACCAAUUUUGUUAGAAGCGUAAACGUGCUUUACAGGAAUGGCCUUGUUAGCAAGGAGAAAUACAUUAGCAUUAGGUCAGCAUUAAGCAUGAAUAAUAAAGAAAAUAGUAAUUCUAAGUCGCACACAGAAUUUAUGUCGAACUGUAAUGUUCCACGCAUACUUCCGUACAAGGAAUUGAUGUAUAAGAUCAAGGGCAUAGAUAUAGGUAAUUUGUAUGACCUCAUCAACAGUUUUGUACCGGUCUAG